AUGACCAUCCCCAUCGUCUCCGCCCAUGUCCCUAACACCGACAUCCCCCGCCCCAAGGACGUCGGCGUCCUUGCAAUGGAAGUCUACUUCCCCCGCAGAUGUAUCUCCGAAGCGGAGCUAGAGGAGUUCGACGGUGUCUCCAAGGGCAAGUACACCAUUGGUCUUGGCCAGGAGUACAUGGCCUGGACAGAUGACCGCGAAGAUAUCAACUCUUUUGCAUUGAAUGCUGUCGCCGGGCUCCUCGACAGGUACAACAUCGACCCCAAGUCAAUUGGCCGUAUUGAUGUCGGCACUGAAACCAUCAUUGACAAGUCCAAAUCCGUGAAGACUCACCUCAUGGAUCUCUUCGCCGACGCCGGCAACUUCGACAUCGAGGGUGUUGACUCCAAAACUGCCUGUUACGGUUCGACCGCAGCACUAUUCAACGCCAUCAACUGGAUUGAAUCGACUUCCUGGGAUGGGAGGAAUGCCAUUGUUGUCGCCGGAGAUAUCGCCGUCUACGCGGAAGGCCCUGCUCGUCCUGCUGGCGGUGCAGGUGCCUGCGCUAUGCUUCUUGGCCCGGAUGCGCCAAUCAUAUUUGAACCCAUUCAUGGCACUUACAUGUCCAACACAUAUGACUUCUACAAACCCAAUCUCUCCUCCGAGUACCCGGAGGUUGAUGGCCCCGUUUCCGUCGUCACCUAUAUUGCGGCUUUUGACGAGGCUUACUCUCGAUUCCGCGAGAAGACCGCGCGUCAGCUCAAGCACGGUCAGAUCAGUAGUUGUUCUAACGGUCUCUUGCACAACGCCGACAAGCCCGCCGACCCCAAGGCAGCUUUCUCACUUCAGGGUGUCGACUAUGCCCUCUUUCACAGCCCAUACGGGAAACAAGUCAUCAAGGGUCACGCUCGCAUGCUCUUCAACGACUUCCGCUCCGCACCCGACGCCCCGCAGUUCUCUGACAUCCCCAACCCCGAAGCGUUUCUCGCUACCUCGCAGAACGUGUCCCUCUCCGACAAGAUCGUCGAGAAGACCUUCAUUGCUGCGUCGAAGAAGUCCUUUUCCCAGAAGACUGACCCCAGUAUGGCUUGCUCCAAGCGUCUCGGUAACAUGUAUACUGGCUCGCUCUAUGGCUGUCUUGCGUCUCUCGUUUCGAACGUGGAGCCUUCCAAACUCAGGGGCAGCCGCGUUAGCAUGUUCGCCUUUGGUGGCGGUUGCGCUGCUAGCUUCUUCACUUUGCGCGUGAAGGGCGAUACGACGGAGAUCAAGGAGAGGAUGGAUUUGAUGAACCGGCUUGCUGCCAUGAAGGUCGUGCCAUGUCAGCAAUUCGUUGAUGGUCUUGGUCUCCGCGAGAAGAACCAUAAUGCUGUCUCGUACACACCAGAGGGAUCUAUCGACAAUGUCUGGCCUGGUGCCUUCUACCUUGACAGUGUUGACUCAAAUUACCGAAGGAAAUACGUCAAGGCUCCUUUGGCUUAA